AAACACGUCUUUUGCAGACAGGCCGAAGCUGCGUAUGUAUGUGGUACCCUUCCACAAGUAUCCGGAAUGAGGUGCGGAUUUACAGGUCGACAUAGCCUGGACCAUAACCUGGAGUUUGUCUUCAUAGUCAGAAAGUUGCCAAGAAAGCAUUGUUUCCAGGACUGCUACAUCAUCGUGUUCCAAUCAUGUUAGGUGCCGAUCAGCUCUCAGCUGCCAGGAAGUCACCCUUUCUGCAUACUUUGAUAUUGGCAGCAUGUCUUGCCUUGUAUAUGCUGCUUCGCAAUGUCUUUAGAGAUAUAGAGCAUCGACCUGAAGAGCACACAAUCACGCGGUCGAAAGCUCGGGUUGAAGCUGAACAGAGGCAGCGACUUACUGGGUCGCCAUACCUGACGGAUACAUUCCCUGGUGGAAGACAGUUUAAGACUGUAUAUGGAACGAUUCAAGUGUUCGAAUGGGGGCCCGAAGAUGGGGAAAAAGUCUUGAUUGUGCAUGGCCUCGCCACUCCAUGUAUAUCAAUGGGCAAUAUGGCGAAAGAGUUUGUCAGUAAGGGCUGUAGAGUCAUGAUAUUCGAUCUCUUCGGUAGAGGCUACUCGGACGCACCGAAUGACUUGGCGUAUGACGCCCGCCUAUACACAACCCAGAUUCUGCUAGUCCUCUCAUCGUCCCCGCUGUCUUGGACUGGAUCAUCCGUCUUCCAUAUCGUUGGAUUCUCUCUCGGAGGCUCCAUAGCUGUAGCAUUCGCGGCCUACCACACGUCCAUGCUUCGUUCUAUGACCCUCAUCUGUCCGGGUGGGCUGAUCCGCAUGUCACACAUAAGCUGCCGCAGCCGAUUUAUCUACUCGAGCAGCUUGAUACCGGAGUGGCUCCGCUUGAUGAUCGUGCACCGCGACUUGGAACCAAGAUACGGAUCCUCAAGUGCAGAAGUGCCCGAAGAAAGUGAUGAGGCGGAUAUUGACUUUGACAACGUGGUCAUUUCUGCGGAUCGACCGAGUGUGAAAAUCGGCGAUGUUAUUCGGUGGCAGUUACGAGGGAAUCCUGGCUUUGUUCCUUCCUACUUAAGUACCAUACGAAGUGCUCUGGUCUAUCGACGCCACGAUAGAGUGUGGAGAGUCUUGGCCGACGAACUAGCGCGUCGACGAACAGCAGAAGCGCCGCCCGGUCUGUCAGGUGGACGUAUUUGUCUCAUCCUUGCGCAGAGGGAUAUUACUGUCGUAACGAACGAGUUCAUUGAGGACUCUAAUGGCAUCCUUGGUGUAGAGGAUGUUGACAUGCAUAUCAUCAAGGGGGGUCAUGAGAUUGCCUUCUCACAAGGCAAGGAAGUGGCAUUCAUCGCGACGGAAAGUUGGAAGAGACAAUGCUAGAUUGGCCAAGAUAGAUGAUCCAGGCUUCUAUAUAUAUUUUCUCUUUCACCUGGAUCUACAAGAUCAAUUUCCUCAAGCACCGCUCCCUACUGUAAUUCCAGUAUUAGGCAUAACCCACUUUUCGACCUUCAAACGCCGUGGAAUGUAUCCCGAACAUUUCACGGGAUUCGAUGUGAUAUCCAGUUUUCGAACUCAUCCGUAUU